UGACUAUCAUUGGGAUGAUCAUGAUGAACCAAAUAGUCUGUGUGUUUUAAUCACACUGGGGGAUUUCGAAGGAGGAGAAUUAUGUUUUCCUCAACUUCAAGUAGUUGUACAUCUUCGGCCAGGACAAGUAGUGGCAUUUGCAUCCUGUCUAUUGCUCCAUAGUAAUUUUAUAGUUACAAAAGGCAUCCGGCAUAGUAUUGUGUACUUUGUGCACGAUACAUUCUUUUAUAAUUUACGGGAUUUUGAUCCUACUUAUCUUGAGACUAGAAUUGAGAAAGCUAAUGGACCAAUAGUUUCUGAGCAAGACCUUAAUAAUGCUCAAGAUUUAAACCAUUGA